AUGGAAAGCUAUACCUCAAGGACAUGUCUUGUAGACAUCGAUGUUUUGGACAAUGGUGGAAUCGAAAAUGAAGAGUUUAAUGACUCCAGUUCUGGAUACGACUCCGAUGAUUCUAGAUCUUCUGUCGGUGACGACCAAGUGAGCUCCGCCUGCCGUCCACCCAGCGUUCCAGGGGAGAUAAUGCUGUUUAGCAACACAAGCGGUCUGUGUGACAGUCUCAAGUACAUCAUCACCAUGCCGGAAUUGUGUGACGUCAUGUUCCUCGUCGGAAAAGAACGAGUCCCAGUUUACGGAGUUAAAGCCAUCUUAGCCACACGAAGCAGAGUUCUGUACCAAUUGAUACUGUUUCACCAGAGGAAAAUGACAGACGAGGCAUCGAAGAAGAAGUCAAAGUCCAGACGCCAGACCUUGGAAAGUCAUCUAACCAUUCCAGUACCUGACUACGACAUCGACGUCUUCCGCAGCUUGGUGAUGUUUCUACAUUGUGGGAAAGUGAAGGUGGACGCUAAAAUUGUUGUCGGUCUACUGUGUGCAGCCUCCGAGUACGAGUUGAAAGAUCUGUCCAGGGCAUGCUGGGAUUUUGUUCGACGGAUGAAGGGUCAAGGUCAGAAAGACAACUUGAUGACAUCAGCUACCAGAUAUGGUACAAAGAAAGCGGCCCAGAAAUUGAUUAUGGAGACUCAAUCACGUGACUACCACAGAGGUCACUCACACGUCAUAUCCGGUUUUGACUCAAAUCAAAGUGACAGACUGGCAGUACCACAGAGGUUACGCACCCGUCACUCACACGUCAUAUCCGGCUUCGACUCGCAAAUCAAAGUGAUGGACUGGCACUACCACAGAGGUCACGCACCCGUCACUCACACGUCAUAUCCGGCCUCGACUCCCAAAUCAAAGUGA